AUGCCUCAGAAGAUACCGGAAAGCGAUAGCGAUGAAGCGAUACCAAACGUUAGUGGACCGGCUACAGUAGCAGCGUAUCGCUCCUUGUUUCCUCAUCGAAAUGUGUUACUACACACAUUUGUUACUGGUAGCUCCAAUGUGCUUGUAGUAUGUCCCCAGAAAUAUGGCCCAGUUGCAAAAGCAUUGGAAGAUAUCAUUCGGCAUCAUAGUAUUGGCUUUGGAGGCAGCUUGUUAACCAUCCACCACGAACCAUUAACAAUUCCGACCGCUGCCACAAUUCGUGAGAAGCUUGGUCCGGGACACGGGAUUCUCGCCCUUGACGUUUUACUUGUCUUCGGUUACGAGAGCACCCAGAUUGGCAUACCUGAUACGAAGAUCAAGCUAUGGAUAGACGGACUCGCGGAUCUAGUUCGAUCGGAAUACAGCUGGGAGCCAGGACAGAGAUUUCUUCCCAAAAUUGAGCGCAAUAGAGGUGUCCUUCUUGUACAAGUCGCAUCUCUGGCCCAUGAAUGCUGGCAACAUACCGCAAAGCGAUAUCAUGAUCUUGUGCAUGGCAUGGGCCUUCGCCUGGAUGCUGUUAACUCGCUACAUUACUCAAAUCAGUUUGACAUUGCUAUGACAAUAUCACGUCACAAAGCCUUGGCUCGAAAUUUAGCCAAUAUACCAAACGGGGACCACGAGCGACUUGUCGGCUAUCUCAGAACGCACACAAAAACCCUAAAGAUGUCGGUUGCAGGUCUCGAGAAGAGCUUAAUUGAGAAUGGAGACACAAUGCUUGGACUCUUUAUCCCCGAUGGGAGCGCAAGUGGUGAGCAAAAUUGGUGGGAUCUCAGUGAGCCAGCACGGCAGAAGAACCAAAAAAGGGAAAGGGGAAGAAGAAAUAAUAUGGAUAAAAGUUCAUACUGA